AUGCCUUUCUCCUCCUCGUCCUGCAGCCGAGGGGAGCUGCAAAGAGAAUCGGACUUCAUGGCCAGUGUAGACAGCAGCUGGAUCUCCUGGGGGGUCGGUGUGUUCCUGCUGAAGCCCCUCAAGUGGACUCUUUCUAACAUGCUAGGGGAUAACAAGGUUCCGGCCGAGGAGGUGCUGGUGGCUCUGGAGCUGCUGAAGGAAAAGGCCGAGGAGGUGUACCGUCUGUACCAGAACUCGCCCCUGUCCUCCCACCCUGUGGUGGCCCUGUCAGAGCUGAGUACCCUGUGCGCCAACUCCUGCCCAGACGAGAGGACCUUCUACCUGGUAUUGCUUCAGCUGCAGAAGGAGAAGAGAGUCACGGUCCUGGAGCAGAACGGGGAGAAGAUUGUGAAGUUUGCCCGGGGCCCGCAUGCCAAGGUGUCUCCUGUCAACGACGUGGAUGUUGGCGUCUACCAGCUGAUGCAGAGCGAGCAGCUUCUCUCACGCAAGGUCGAGUCCUUGUCCCAGGAAGCUGAGAGGUGUAAAGAAGAAGCCCGGCGGGCAUGCCGAGCAGGAAAGAAGCAAUUGGCACUGAGGUCUCUCAAGGCUAAGCAACGGACGGAGAAGCGCAUCGAGGCCCUGCAUGCCAAGCUGGACACUGUACAAGGCAUCCUGGAUCGAAUCUACGCCUCCCAGACAGACCAGAUGGUCUUCAAUGCCUACCAAGCUGGGGUGGGGGCGCUGAAGCUCUCCAUGAAGGAUAUCACGGUGGAGAAGGCGGAGAGCCUUGUAGACCAGAUCCAGGAGCUCUGUGACACCCAGGAUGAAGUUUCUCAGACUCUAGCUGGUGGGGUAACCAACGGUUUAGAUUUUGACAGUGAGGAACUGGAGAAGGAGUUGGACAUCCUCCUCCAGGACACCACCAAAGAUCCUCUGGACCUGCCCAGCAGCCCCCACGAGACGCUCUAUACCAACAGUGUGCCUAGCCCUAGGAUCUCGGAUGCCGAACUUGAAGCUGAACUUGAGAAACUGUCCUUAUCAGAGGGAGGUCUGGCCCCAAGCAGUAAAUCUCCAAAAAGGCAAUUGGAACCAGCUCUCUGAAGCCAUUGGAGGACCUCAAGUGAAGGACCUCAUGUACAAGAGACAGCUUGGUGUGUGUACAUAGUUAUUUAAAUGAGAAACACUCAGAAUUUGUUGGAAGAGAUGGAAGGAGAGCCACUUGGAUGUAUCUGGAUGCCGCCACUCCCGACUGGGCAGGUACACUUUUGGAAGCGAUGCUGCUAAGGCGUGCUCCCGUCUGGCAUCCUGGACCUGCCUUCCCAUCUUCUAGUGCCACCGUUUAUACCGUUCUGUGUUCGCCCUGUCGUCUCGCAUCGCCUGCGUUCUUGCCAUGGGCUCAGGUUUGUCUUCACCCACCAGCUUUGUUCCCACCAGUGCAGGUGGAAGGUUGACUGCUUUGCCACAUCAGCGCCUGCCCUCCACCCCCAGGCAUCGUAAGAGCGAUCUGCUCUGUCUGUCAUGCCAGGAAAGCAACUCACUCCUGUCCCACUGUUGCCAUUGGCAAAGAGAAGAAUGAGUAACUUGGCGUUUUACUUGAGGGACUUCACAGCUGCUACAUCCAUAGAGAAACAUACAGUGUACCAGAUUUUUCUAUAAGGGUUGCUUGUCAUAUUUUUUCACAUGUGUAGAAAAAGCAGUCAGCACUGAGUGUCCCUGGCCACAAGGCUUGGGAGAAGGCUCUCGUGGUGGUCCUGUGCAGCCUCUUUCUCUCUUCCUUCUUACCCAGAAGCAGAUCUACUAGUGGGGGAAAGGAUUAAUCUUGGCCUCUUGUGCUGGGGCAGGGAGGGAGCCCAGGUAACCCCUGGGCUUCAACAUGUCCAAAACAUACUGUUUUAAAGACGUAACAUUUUUCUUGCCCGGCUCCUCUCAUGGAAUAACUUAAUAUACAUAUAUAUUUUUUUGUUUCCAGAGCAAGCCACACAAUACCACACCUCCCCUUCUUGAGCAGGGCACACACCGGCAGGCUCCCUGUGUGAAUCUGGCCAGCAUGUCACUGCGCAGCCUUGCUCAGGGCAGGGGAUCGGAGCCAGAAUGUGCAAUAGGAGCCAGCAGUUGAGGCCGCCUUCCCGGCCCGCUGUGGGCUUCCUUGGGCCCUGCUAUGCACUUGCUCUUGCCUGCCGCAGGCACAUCUUCCCCCUUCUGGAUAGGGAUGGGGGGAUAUAACGGGCGGGCGGGAGAGGGUCUGAAGGUUCCUGCAAUGUGGAGAAGAAAGAUGACAGCCACACUGCCACUCGGCUGCCCAGGGACAAGGACUCUGCCUGGCGUCCUUUGUCCACCUCUCACCGGAAGUGGUGCGGAGCAGACCAGAGGACUCUGCCCCAGGCUGCGGGCACAAAUCAAUGUACGAAUCUCUCCACUCGACCUUGGUACACAGAAAUGUUGGGGGUGAAGAGAAACAAUCACUAUUUUUUCUUUUUUAUCUGGUGAAUAAUUAAAAGAGAAAACUCUA